AUGGAUCCGCUCGAGUUUACGCCGUGGCACCAGCUGGCGCCGCGAGGCAUCACCGGAGAUGUCAAGGACACAUUCUCCUCCUGGGACAAGUGUAUGGCCAAAAGCUACUGCAAAUGGCCUGCUAUCGUUGGAAUCAUCGUCGGCGGCCUCAUCCUGCUCAGCGUCGUCUGGUGUCUCGUGGGCUGCAUCUGCUGCGGCUACACCUGCUGCAAGGGGUGCUGUGAAUGCUGCUCCUGCUGCUGUCCGUCUUCCUCUUCUUCUCGCAAACCACCGCCAGCACCCGCCUACGACAGCCGGUCCAAGUUCGCAGACGACUACUCCGGCUACCAGCGUCCUGCGCCGCCAGUAUACAAUACCCAGGCCGCCAGCUCAACCCCCAGCUACGCCCAGUUCGAUACCCUGGGAUCUCGUCCCGCGCCCACAGUGCCCACAUCGACUGCCAGAGUCAACGACGAUGCGUUGCCCAACAUGCCUACCUGGCAAGAUGCCACCACCAGACGUGUGGAGGACACAUCCCACCACAACGAGGAGAUGGAAAUGUCCCAUCUCAACCCUGUCACGGGGCACAGCGUAGUAGAUGACCCGGGGGCAGCCCACGGCUCGGCUUAUUACCAACACGCACAACCCGUCUCACCUAUCUACCCGCCAGACCACCACCACACCCGUCACUCACAGUCCAUGAACAUGAACAUGAACAUGGGUGGAGGAUACCGCGGCCUGGAUCAGGGCCAUAUCAGUCCUUCCAUCCCUCCCACUGCUAUCGGUAUAGCACAUUCACCGGGCUGCGGCCCGGCACCACUGUCAAACAUGUACCAUGACUCCCAGCAAGAUCAGCAGACGUCAGGCCAAAUAUACGCCCCACCACGAUACAACACUCAGUCCCCUUCGACCAUCGGCAUCGCUACUCCUGCUCCUCCUGGCGCAGGUGAUGCAUAUGGCUACACACAUCCAAACGGGAGCAGUCGCAGUUUCACUCGGUCUCCCGUCCAACAUAUCAGGGGCACACCGUCGCCUAGACCACAGCUAUCGCCUAUCUUACUCUCCCGCUCAGCAACAAAGGACAUACACGCCUUAUUCACCCUCGACGUCAACACCACCUCCUCUUUGGAACGGACAGGGGUCGGGUGCAGACCAGCCACAGGAGGCAGAGCAGUCGGCAUCACAGCCACCUCGAGCUCCAAGCUUGUUGAUGGCCGGAAGGAAGCCCGUAGAGAACUCCUGGAGAGAUGUAUAGUUUACCUUUUAUUUUAUUUUUUCUUAUUUCCCCCCUUUUAUUACCUUUUGCCUUUUGGCUUUUUCCCGUCUCUUCGUUCAUGCUGUGAUGGCUCCUACUACUCGUUUGUUGAUAUGUUUGGUUAUAUCCCGGCUCGGAUUCCUGUUGUGGUGUAUAUUCUUCUUCUCACUUUUCUCUUUCUUCUCUAUAGAUACGUUGAUGAGCUGUCUACUGUUUACUUUUCAUGUUUCCUCCCCCCCUUUACAUGGGUAACGAACUUGACUGGGGCAUUGGGUGGCCUUACGUUUGCUGGGUUGAUUGGAUGCUUGGAUGCUUACCUGCUUACUUCCAGGUCUAUAUCAUGA